CUUCACAUCUUUAAAUUCCCCCUCCCUCUGAACCGUUACGACGUACAAGCAGCGCAGGCACAGAGAGAGCACAGAGAGAGAGAGCCAGGAACUGCAAAAUGGCGACGAAUAUCGGUAUGAUGGAUUCGGCUUACUUCGUCGGUAGAUCUGAGAUACUGGCAUGGAUCAACUCUACCCUCCAACUCAACCUCGCCAAAGUCGAAGAGGCUUGUUCCGGUGCGGUUCAGUGCCAGCUUAUGGACGCUGUUCAUCCAGGGAUGGUGCCGAUGCACAAAGUCAACUUGGACGCCAAGAGCGAGUACGAGAUGAUCCAGAACUACAAGGUUCUUCAGGACGUCUUUAACAAACUCAAGAUCACUAAGCACAUUGAGGUUAACAAGCUCGUGAAAGGCAGGCCGCUUGAUAAUUUGGAGUUCAUGCAAUGGAUGAAGCGGUACUGCGAUUCUGUCGACGGGGGCACGACGCACAAGUACAAUGCUUUGGAGAGGAGAGAGGCAUGCAAGGGAGGAAAAGGUGCAAGCAAGAAGGCUGUUUUAUCACAAUCUUCAACCAAAAGUUCCACAGCUGCCCCUAAAACUCAGUCCUCCAACAAUGCUCGAAGAAAUGAUGCGUCUUCUGCACCAAACCCUUCAAAUCCGACAUUAAAGGCCUCAAGACCCACAUCUAGUGGAGGCCCGGCAUAUGAUAAAGAGGUACGAAGUCAGCAUAGGAAGGGAAAUUUUGGUUGUGUUGAAGUUCUAAUUCUAAUCUUGAUGCAGAUCACAGAGUUAAAGCUAUCAGUGGACAGCCUUGAGAAGGAGAGGGAUUUCUACUUUGGGAAAUUGAGGGACAUUGAAAUUUUGUGCCAAAGUUCUGAGAUAGAAGAUUCACCUGUUGUUGAAGCCAUAAAGAAGAUUCUUUAUGCGGCGGACAAUGACGCAUCAGUGGUGGCAGAAGCUCAAGCCAUGCUGUCUCAUCGAAAGAAGGAAGCUGAGGCCUUGAGUCCCAUAGUUGAGGUUUCAGAGGAAAUAAACAAUUCAGAAACACACAAGAGAAAAAACAUUGUGAAUUUUGAUGUCGAUGCUGUUGGCAUUACAACAUUGUCACCUAGGCAAAGAGUGACUGAUGCUUCCGAUGUCUGUUACAGUGGGUCACCCCUAAUGACCUAAUGAUUAUCCCCUUUUUUUCUCAUAUAUAUAGUCUCGUUUCCAUCUUUACAGAAUCUUCCUGCUAGAAAAUGGAAGGGACAUGGGAUUUAUACAUACGUGCUAUUUCAGAGCACAAAGUCAUUUACUUCGAAGAUGUAACAAUGAUAUCCUCUACUUUUUGGUGCUGGGUACUUGAAUUUCUUUACACAUUGAUGUCAUAUGGUGUAAGGUAAGAACCUUAAAAUUGUCUUUUUGAGUACUUUACAUAACAGUUAUCCACAGGCAUAGCCAUAUUAUCUCUUUCAUCCA